AUGGAACAAGUUAUAGAACAAGUGAAGUCAUCGACCGACGUGUUGAUUUCUUUGAAGACCUUGGGUGAUUAUCUACGCGAAGAAACAAACAGAUCAUCUGAACUAAUUCAAGAAAAUUUAUUAUCUUUAUUGGCUCAAUUCAAUCGAUUAUUCCAAUCAGAAAAUGAUGACAUCCUUUUGGAAAUACUUCGUGUGAUCAUAAACUUAUUGGCCAGUAAUGACUAUAAUAGAGACUUCUAUACUCAGGAUGAUGUGCAAGAAGUUGGUCAAUUUUGGGAGAUUAUUAAAAAUAAUUUGGUGGAUGGUAGUGAUCCAAAAUCGGAAAGGAUAGCUAUUUUACUAUCACAAUUCAUAUACGAUACUGAUCAUACUGAACAGUACUUUCAGUAUUUCCAUUCCAUAAAUAUCCAAGAGAAUAUUUAUAAACUAUUAAGUACAGACAAUCUUGCCAAUUUAUCAAUUUUGUUUGAAUUUGCAUUAGAGUUAUUCCGGAACAAUCAAAGAUUGAACGAAAUGGAUUACGAUUUUAUAAAGAAAUCCCCAGAUAUACUUGUAUACCUAACAUCUCAUUGGGAUACCCUUGAAGAUGACCUAGAUGAAGAGAUCUGGGAACACCUAGUUGAUAUUUGUGAAUUCAACAAACCUGACAACUCAACUUUUGUCCGCAUCAUUGAUUUAAUACCGAUUAUACCUGAAUCUUUAUCCAAUAAAGUAAAGCUUAAGAGAAAACUAUUCGCAAUGGCCAGUGAAUUGAGUGACGAAACCUCAUUUGACACGGCUGUUGGUUAUCUUAAAAAUACCACGGAUUCAUAUGUGUUUGCGGCUUGUUGCAUUGUGAUUGGGAAUUUUGUUCACGAUGUGAAUUCCUUCCAAGACAUAAAUGGAAGAAUUAUCGAGAGUUUUGGAAAUUCAACUAAAAUAGUUGAUGUCUUUAUGGAGAAUUUUAAGAUAACCGACGUCGUUCAGGUACAGGCAAUUCACAUGAUGACUAACUUAUUAGAUGAAACCCGAGCCUCGAGAAUAUUCACGUACAAAGAACAAUCGAGAGCUUUAACCAAAGUUGUAAUCGAUAAUGAGAAAUACUACCAAGAGGUUGCUGCUUUGUAUUUGAAUUUCUUGAAGAAGCUUACACGACUCGGAAUUCUGGAGGUGGUGAAUUCAAAAGUGGGCUUGGAUGAUUUAUGGGAUGUUGUAUUUGAAUUUGGAGAAGAUAACCAGAAAGUUUUGGAAAUAAAGUACUUAAUCUUGCUGGAAGUGGUCUUGAAUGGGUUUGGAAAUAAAUCUGCGUCACUCAAUCGUGAGUUGAUCAAGGCAGCAGUAAGACCCUUAUCAACCAACGCAGCAAUGGGUAUAAAUCAUAUCCUUGAAAAAUUGAAAGCAUUGGGGAUUUUUCAUCAAGAAUUAUCCAAAGCCUCCAUCCAGGAAUUGGUCGAUUCAGCAUAUUCAGGGAAUCUUGAUCAAUUUAUACAAGAAUAUUUAGUUCCAUACUGUGAACUUUGGGAACAAUUAGUUCCACAAUUAGAGACAACGGAUGAAAAUAAAGAAACCCCACAAUACAAAAUACUUUUAAAUAAUUCCAGAUAUGUAGCUGGCAUAACUAUUUCGGUAUUCCAAGACUAUGAUUUAGUGGAGGAGGAAAAGGAAGUGAGUAGAUUGGUCGAAUUGUGCAAGAAGGUCAUUACUAUUCCUGGUUAUAUGUAA